AUGUCGAAUCUCAAAUCCACGGAAUCAACUGGAACUACUCAGCCAACCAUAACGAAGACUACAAAGACUACAAAUACUACACAAACUAUAAACAAGGAGCCAGCGGCUGAUAAAAAUGAUAAAAGUGAAAACCCAGAUGUCUUCUUGCCGGACCAAUUUGCAAAGGAGAGGAAAGGAGAAAGAGGAAGAAGGGCUUAUAGACAGUAUGUGGAGAUGGAGAAUACAAAUCGGCAGGCUUUCAAAGGGAUCGAGUCCCUCCUCAGCUCUCUCGGCCAGGCUGUAGGCCUCGGAAACAUUUGGAGAUUCCCACAAAUGGCUUAUCAGAAUGGUGGAUCCUCGUUUUUGAUUCCUUAUCUAGUAUGUGCAUUUGUUUUUGCAAUCCCUGCAAUCCAUAUGGAAUUCGUGCUUGGACAGUAUGCGGCGAAGAGUCCGCCGGCGGUUUUCAGAAGGAUUAUGCCGGUGUUGGAAGGCAUCGGUUGGAUGUGUUGCUUGGUCGGUGCUAUAAUAGGAAUCUAUUACAUGAUUCUAAUUUCCUGGAUUGGUAUAUAUCUAGCCAACAGCGCAAACGCUGUAAAAAUGAGUAAAUGUGAUAACGAAUGGAAUAAUCAAGGAAGAUCGACAUGUUACGAGGGGAUGAAACAAAAAUUGUGCAAAGGAGCAAACAUGGUGUUCAAUAAUGAUUCGAGGGCUUUAAAUGAGGAUAAGCAUCCUGAAUGGAUGUAUUUUGAUGGCAAGUGUCAGAAUGCAACGGGACGGAAUAUGGCUAGUGGGACCGAGCAGUUUUUUACAAACUUCGUAAUAAAUCCUUCCACUGGUUUCACCGAUUUCAACAGCAUCAACUGGGCAACAUUAGGAGCCGUUGCGGUCUGUUGGAUUCUAACCUCCAUCAUCCUGAUUCGUGGAAUGAAAAUGAUUGGAAAACUCUCAUACUUUACCGUAAUCCUACCAUAUGUUAUUAUCGUAAUCCUCAUGAUCCGUGGUAUCACUUUGGAUGGCGCCUCAGCUGGCCUCUACUUUCUUUGGGCCAAAUCCGACUUUAGUUCUCUUUGGAGCCUAAAAGCUUGGGUUGGGGCAAUGACCCAAAUCUGUUUCUCCCUUUCUAUUGGACAAGGAGGACUCAUGAAUAUAGCGUCGUAUAACAAAAAGUCGUAUAAUUGGUAUAGGGAUGCUUACCUCCUUGUCCUUUGCGACACCAUGAUGUCUCUUCUAGGAGGUACCGCUGUGUUUGCAACGCUCGGUUUUCUAGCCAAACAACGACAAAUCGAAGUUCCAGCUGUUAUAAAAGAGGGACAUGCUCUGGCAUUCAUAGUUUAUACAGAAGCUAUAUCUCAAAUGCCAAUGCCUUAUCUCUGGCACGCUCUCUUUUUUUUGAUGCUCUUUUUGUUGGGAAUGAGCACGGAAAUCGUGAUCGUGGAAAUCGUUUGCUCAUGCUUAACAGAUCGUUUUGGAUAUCUUCGACGUCAUAGAUGGCUUACUGUACUCAUGGUGUCUCUCACUUUCUUCUCGUUGGGUCUUGUGAUGACAAGUGAUGCCGGCUACUACUGGUUCGACUUGUACGAUGAGUAUAGUGCAGGAGUUUCUGCAACCCUGGGUACGGCAUUUAUGUGUAUUACAGUAAGCUUUUGCUAUGGACUCGAGAAUUUCCGAAAAGACAUGACCGAGCUGUGGGGUGAGCCACAAAGUCGACUGGCGAAAUGGUUUGGACCGGCGAGUUAUGUAUGGGUUGGAAUGUGGAUUGUUAUUACUCCGCUUUGCUCAAUCGGGGUUAUGGUAGUUUUUGUGGUUAAUCGAAGAUACCCAUAUGAGGGAGAUGGAGUUAAGUAUCCACCGAUUUUUGAUGUCAUUGGCUGGUUCGUCACUUCAAUCCCAUUCUUGGCUAUCCCCUGUUUUGCGAUUUACACAAUUCUAAAGUUCCGAAAUGACAAAAUCCUCUCCGCGGAGCAUUUAUGA